AUGGUUCGGUCACUCCAUCUAAAUUCAUUGGUUGGACGUGAUGAGCCAUUGGGAUCCGAGGAAGUGGAUCAGGCCGAUCUACUUACCAGGAUACAGCAGGCUAAGAGUUUGGAUGAGAACUUGCAAAAAGUGGCUCUUGACAAUAAGAUGGAGUAUCAGAUCACAAGCAACGAAACAAUCUGGGUGAAUGGCCGAGUAAGUGUUCCAAACAGCAAGGGGCUUAAUGAAGAGAUUAUGAGUCAGGCUCAUAAGUCAAAGUUCUCAGUCCACCCCAUGCUGAAUAAGAUGUAUAUGGAUUUAAAAAGGUACUAUCACUGCGUAAGGAUGAAAACAGCCGAGUGGGUGGCGAGGUGUCCUACUUGCCAGCUUCUGAAGGCCGAACAUCAAGUGCCCAAUG